CUCAGGAUCUUUCCUCUCCAUACCGAUCGCUGAGGGUUUCUGUGCUACUUGGACCGAGGAAAGGCCCUUUCUGGUACUCUCCAAACCCCAGUUCCUGUGAAUCUCCUCUCCACUCCACCUAAUUUCACUUCUCCGGGCGUGAUCAAGUUCCCCGCAAUGGAGUCCGAGGCUUUUGAGGAUAUGCAGAAAGGCGGCGGCAGUCUUCGCGCUGUCAAGGACUUGACGGCCGGUGCUGCUGGCGGCAUCGCUCAGGUGCUCAUUGGUCAACCUUUUGAUAUCGUCAAGGUCCGCCUGCAGACAACCACGCAGUACGCCAGUGCGCUUGAUUGCGCCACCAAGAUCCUGAAGAAUGAGGGACCCACGGCCUUCUACAAGGGUACCCUGACACCUCUGAUCGGUAUCGGAGCCUGCGUGAGCGUCCAAUUCGGCGCGUUCCACGAAGCCCGGCGACGGCUGGAGGCGCUCAACAAGAAGAAAUACGCGGACCCGACGCUCUCCUACACGCAGUACUACCUGGCGGGCGGGUUCGCGGGGAUCACGAACUCGUUCCUGUCCGGGCCGAUCGAGCACAUCCGCAUCCGGCUGCAGACGCAGCCGCACGGGGCCAACAAGCUGUACCAGGGGCCCAUCGACUGCAUCCGCAAGCUGUGCAGCCAGGGCGGCGUGCUGAAGGGCCUCUACCGCGGCCAGAACGUCACCUACCUCCGCGAGAUCCAGGCCUACGGCACCUGGUUCCUGGCCUUCGAGUACCUGAUGAACGCCGACGCAAAGCGCAACGGCGUCCGCCGCGAGGAGAUCUCCAGCCUCAAGGUCGCCACCUACGGCGGCCUCGCCGGUGAGGUCCUCUGGCUGAGCAGCUACCCCUUCGACGUCGUCAAGAGCAAGAUGCAGUGCGAUGGGUUCGGGGCCAGCCAGCAGUUCAAGAGCAUGACCGACUGCUUCAAGAAGACGUAUGCCGCUGAGGGGCUGGCCGGGUUCUGGAAGGGGAUCGGGCCCACCUUGCUGAGGGCCAUGCCCGUCUCCGCGGGGACGUUUGCGGUUGUCGAGCUCACGAUGAGAGCCCUGGGAUGAGGUAUAUAAAUCGAAAAAUAAC